CAGUACAAACUUUCUCAGUGCCAAAUAUGAUUGCUCUUUACUUUGCCCAUCCUCUCCAUACCUGAGCAAGGACUCAUCUUUUUUCUUUACGUUUACUAUAAGUCACCAUGGUCUACUUAGUCUAUGGUUCACACUGUACAUGUUUGUUUCCCCUCCCAAUUUGACCAAGUGUGGUCCAUUAUCUGCCCUGGGCCUUCUCUCAUUGUGUCUGCCUGCAGUUCUUGGUAUUGAACUUUGUAUUGAACUGGCUGCCUAUGUGCCAGAUAUAGAGUCAUAUGUUUACAUGAGCUAUGUUUUCGAGGGCCUAGUGAGGGGAAGGGAUUGGUGGUGCAGAGCCCAAUGGAGGGAGAGGGAUGCGGAAAAGAGUUGCUCUGAGAAAUAAUGUAAUUGCAAUUCCAUCUUUCUGCAUUCAUGGAAGGAGGGAAAUGCUGUAAGUCAACCCUCUCACUGCACGGACUACCAGUUCCUCCAUACAAUAGGCCUAUUAAAAUACCAGAGUAUUUGGUAAAUUGAUAUGACAGGCCUUAAUAAAUGGUGUACAGUAUGAGUUUGGCGACACGUACCGAUGCAUCAGGUGCAUAGCACUCAGCUUCUGUCUGUUCCAGAGACGCUUCAUUGGCUGCAUUCCUCCGUCUCCCAUUCCCUGCUUCCAUGAAUUGGCUUGUCAAUCAAAGGGCUAUUAUAUUUUCUUCCUGGUUAGCUGCAGAGUGAAAGAGGAGCAACGUUCGGCAUAUUUCACACUGAUUAGUGAAAGGGGAGAGACCAUGUGGAAGUCACAUGAGCGACAAGGAUGAGGAAAAAACAACUGGGAGAGGACUGCUACCGCCUAACUUGUCAAUCCGACUGGGGAUUUGCUGCUUCCGAAGCUUGGCUGGGACAGCCUAGCAGCCCCUGACUCUUCCUCUACCCACACAUAUGCAAUGAACAGCACUACUCAGCCCCCUGCCCCCAUAGACAGGGAUGUGGCAGUCAGCUCAUUGUUGGUACCAUUCUUCCUGAUCACCUUCAUCGGGAUAGCUGCAGCUGUGGUGCUGUAUGUGCGCAAGAAGAGAAGAAUUGACAGGCUUCGGCACCAGUUGCUUCCAGUCUAUACUUACGACCCCUCUGAAGAAUUACAUGAAGUUGAACAGGAAAUGCUGUGGAAAGAGGAAGAUACUAAGGUGGUGAAGGGUUGGGCACGAUCAUACCAGCAGCAAAGACCCCUGUUGAUGAAAGAUACCCAUGCAUGAGUGUGUUGGAGCAGGACAUAGAUCUGUGACAUCAUACAGAUCAGUGGAGUUAACCCUUGAGAUGCCAGAUUUGUCAGUCAUUCAACAUAAAGGGGUUUUAGGAAAAGCAUGGAGCCUGUCAUGCAUUCCGCAUCAUGCUCCUCCUCAGUCAUCAUCUCUGUUGGAGCAUUUACUUUGUACAGCGUCAGCCUCUAAGCUAAGAGGAGGUUGGUUAUUAUGUGAUUGUGAACCUCUGAUGCCAUGCCCCUGUGCCCGAAAGCUGCGACAUAGCCAACAUGUCGUGGUUUAGGGUAAUUACUGGUGGACAUUUAUUUAUUUGAGAUUAUUUAUUCAAGUUUUUUUUAUUUGUUUUACUGUGUUUGUGUGUGUCAUAAUGUGGGCGUUACUGAAACUAAGAUGGUGCCAUCCAUCCAAACAAGACACUGGUGUUACAUUUGCCUUAAAUGUCUAUUGUUUCCAGUGAGAUUAGCAAAGCCUUGACCUUGGGUGGGAUGCUUACCGUUGUACUACUAGUUUUAGUGGUGUAAAAUUAGGUUACUAUAUCCCUCACUAUUCAAUGUAAUAGAAGUUACACAGAAGGUAUGCAAUCAAUCAAUUUGAUUUCUUAAGUUGCUGUUUUGUUUCCCUGUUUGUGGCACUUUGAAUGCCAUUAUGAAAGCAACCAAAACAAUACCUCCUCCUCGUCAUCAUACAGAUACUGUAUGUUAUGAUGAAAAGGUGGUGAAAUCAGAAGGAGAAUGUCUAGAGAGAGAAGAGAUGGCAAAUGAAUGUAACUAGUCAACCAACCUUCCCCUACCCCACCCACUCCCCUCCACUAUUUAGCUGUGACUACUGCCCUAAAAAUUUCCUGUUGGGAAGACAGGGUACCAGGAGGAUUGUUCUUCUAGCAGAAUAAUCUCUUUUGAAGAAUACCAUAGGCCUGACUGUAUACAGUACUCAGGAAACCUCAGCCACCCAUAUUUUUUAAGAAAUAAGUGACCAGUGAUUCAUCCUUGAAUUAUAUGUGCUCUAAGU